AUGCAGACAGGUGGACAGUCAGACAUGCUGCCUGUGCUUCUGCUUCUCUGUGUGGCUGGAGGAGUUUGGGGGUCCACCCCCGGCAUGUGGGGGUAUGGACGGAUCCAGGACAGGCAGGGACCGGCGGCACUGCAGUGCCCAUCUCAGUGCCAGUGUGAGGAAGAUGGGAUCUUUGUCAUGGUGGACUGCUCGGAGUUGGGACUAUCGUCUGUGCCACCCAACCUCAACCCUCUCACCACUUACCUGGAUCUGAGUAUGAAUAACAUCAGCGAGAUCCAGCCCAGAGCCUUUCAUCGACUGCACCUGCUAUCAGAACUGCGUAUCUCAGGGAAUCAGCUGAGGUAUAUCUCAGGCCAUGCUCUCCAGGGCCUCCACAACCUCAAAGUUCUAAUGCUACAAAAUAACCAAUUGGAGAGACUUCCUGAUGAUGCACCAUGGGACCUACCCAACCUGCUGUCACUGCGUCUAGAUGCUAACCUGUUGUCUGAGGUUCCGGCUGGGGCCUUUAGAAGGGUUCACUCUCUAAGACACCUGUGGUUGGACGAUAACUCCCUAACAGAGAUCCCAGUGAUGGCACUGGACUCUUUGCCCUCCCUUCAGGCUAUGACGCUGGCCCUCAACCAGAUCACACACAUCCCAGAUUAUGCAUUCACCAACCUCUCCGCUCUUGUCGUACUGCAUCUCCAUAACAACCAAAUCAAGAGCAUGGGCGCAAGAUGUUUUGAAGGUUUACAGAGUCUGGAGACACUGGAUUUGAACUACAAUGAUCUCCAGGAGUUCCCUGUGGCCAUCAGGACACUGAGUAAGCUUCAGGAACUGGGCUUCCAUAACAACAAUAUCAAAGCCAUCCCAGAGAGGGCCUUCGUGGGAAACCCUCUGCUCCAAACCAUUCAUUUCUAUGAGAACCCUAUCCAGUUUGUGGGAAAAUCUGCUUUCCAAUUCUUACCUAAGCUGCACACACUUUCCCUUAAUGGAGCAACCCAAAUUUGUGAGUUUCCCGAUCUGAAAGGAACCACCAGCCUGGAAAUUUUGACGCUGACCCGGGCCGGUCUCUCAGCUCUCCCUCUGGAUCUAUGUGAGCAGCUGCCUCGCCUCAGAGUGCUGGAGCUGUCUUACAAUCAGAUAGAGGAUCUGCCCAGCUUUUACCACUGCUCUGCACUGCAAGAGAUAGGGCUACAGCAUAACCAAAUCAGGAAGAUAGAGUCAAGCACUUUCCAGCAGCUCACCUCUCUACGAGCACUUGAUCUGAGCUGGAAUAUGAUCAAUUGGAUCCACACAGAUGCCUUUGCCUCUCUUCACUCUUUGAUCAAAUUGGACCUGACUGAGAACAGACUUAACUCAGUGCCAGUUGCAGGUUUGGGGGGUCUCACCCAUCUCAAGCUGAGGGGCAAUAUGGAAUUAUAUGAGGCCUACAGUCCUGAUCACUUCCCCCGUAUGAGGGUGAUCGAGAUGCCUUAUGCCUACCAGUGCUGUGUGUAUGGUUCCUGUGAUAGCUACAAGCCAGCCAGCCAGUGGGACACUGAUCAGAGUAACACUGAUGAGGACCUGCACAAGAGGACUGUAGCCAUGUACCCUACCCAUGCUGACACACACUAUGAUCCUGACCUGGAGGAGUUCCAGCUAGAAAUAGAGGAAUCAAAACUACAGACCAGUGUCCAAUGCACACCUACACCAGGUCCUUUCCGUCCUUGUGACUCUCUGUUGGGCAGCUGGCUGGUUCGUGUGGGUUUGUGGUCCAUCUCCCUGGUGGCUCUCCUGGGGAACUCCUUCCUGCUCCUGUCCCUCUUCAGCUCACCCGGCUACCUGUCACCACUCCGCUUCACUGUGGCCUGCAUGGGCGCUUCAAAUCUGCUAACGGGUGUGUGUACAUGCACUCUGGCCCUUGUGGAUGCUCUAACCCUGGGAGAGUUUGGUCACCAUGGUGCCCGCUGGGAAGGGGGUCCUGGUUGUCAGGCGACAGGAUGGGUCUGGGUGUUUGCAUCUGAGGCAAGUGUGUUGCUGCUGACUCUGGCAGCUGUGCAAUGUGGUGUGAGUGUGACAUGUGCCCGUGCCUAUGGGAAGUCCCCAUCCCUUGGGAGUGUACGUACAUGCGCACUUUUCUGCCUCACUCUUUCCCUCACUUUGGCUUGUCUCCCACUGGUAGGAGUUGGGGAGUACGGGUCCUCACCUUUCUGCCUUCCCUCACCCCUGCCACCUCCAACCUCUCGGCUGUCAUCCUCCUUGGUCUUUCCCUUGGCGCUCAUUAUGAUGAACACCCUGUGCUUGCUCAUAGUCACAGGUUCAUACAUCCGCCUUUACUGGGAAUUACUUAGGGGAGAAUGUGAGGGCCUGUGGGACUGUGCCAUGAUCAAACAUGUUGCCUGGCUAAUAUUCACAAAUGGCCUCCUCUAUGUGCCAGUAGCUUUCCUUUCCCUUUGCUCCCUCCUGGGUCUCCUCUCUCUGGGGGAGGAGGUGCUAAAAUCAGUCCUCCUGCUUCUGCAGCCCCUGCCUGCCUGCCUAAACCCCCUCCUCUUCCUGCUUUUUACACGAGACCACUCCCAGUUUUUCUUCUGGCCUCGCCCCAAAGCACGUCCACAGCUACAUCGGGACCGCACCCUGGACUCACUGGUGUCUGUGGAGACAGAGAAGAGCUCCUGCUCCGAUUCAUUGACACAGGUGUCACUAGCUGAUGCUGAUACCCUAUACAGUGGGGGGUCUUCUCCCCAACCACGACUGGAUCCCAUCAGAUUUUCCCACUGCUCGUCUACAUCCUCUGUUCCUCUCAUCCCUUGCCAGAUACCCACUCCCACUGCCAGAGACAGAGAAAGAGUGACAGAACGAGGGAGCCUGGACAACACUGAACGUCUGAAGAGUUUAGAUCAAGAUGUGAUUCGUAACACUUGGCCCCUGUAUCACUCUGCCAUGACUCCCUCUCUCACCUCUCAUCCAUGA